GAGAAAUGACAUAAUUUACAUUCCAGCCUUCAGGGGCAAAGAAAGCUGGGGGAAGAGGUUGGGAAAACCUGAAAGGAAGCUAUGCCUAUUACUCAGAGGAGGCAGUCUACAAACAAACGUCUUGUGUCACAAUUCACACAUCAUCAUGUUGCCGUGUUCCUCCUCACUUUCUUCAGCUACUCUCUUCUCCAUGCCUCCCGAAAGACCUUUAGCAACGUCAAGGUCAGCAUCUCCAGCCAAUGGACCCCCUCAGGCUUUAAUGACUCUGCCUUCAUUCUUCAACCAUAUGAGCUUUGGAACAGCAGUCAUCUAUUCCCUAAUACUGAAGAAGCUACAUUAUUCCUUGGAACAUUGGAUACCAUCUUCCUGUUUUCUUACGCUGUG